AUGGCCUGCAGUGAGACAAUAUUGACUUUCGGUGUUAUAUGCCGCGGCAUUUUCAUUUGCCAUCGUGCCAGGCCACAGCACGAGAUCUUCAAGGCACCUUGUGUCCUCCUCAGUCUGCUCGCGAGUUUGAAUCUGUGCUGUGGGAAAUUCGGAGCCCCAAUAACUGAUGAUGUGAGCAAGCUGUCGCUUCUGAAGCACAACAUCCCUUCCGAUUAUGAGAUUCCUGUUCAUUACAUUCCCAAAGAAGUGGCCGGUGCGUGCUGGGUGGUGCUGAACGUCUACCCUUUGGAGCAGAGUCUUCGCAAACUGGCCAACAUGUUUGGCGCCGACUCCUCCAACAAGGAGAACAUCCUGGUCUUCAUCGCCAUGCUGAAGAGUUUGCGCUUCACAUUCGACCACCAGGAACUGGAAACGGCGAUGCAAGUCUUCCAGUGUCACUACCGGGAGGGGAGCUUGAAGAAUGAGCUGUAUUUCGACUACAUCGAGGAUAUCCUCCAUGUUGCAGGUCAAGAGGCGUCCAACUUCUCCUGCAAGCCGCCGCCGUGUCUCAAUACGGCAAAUGCACCAGGGGAUCGCAAGGAGGGUCGCGAUUCCAGAUGGUGGAAAAGAACGCCGUUGCUGCUGGUGCUCGUCCCUGUGACAGCUUGCGUCGUUCUCAUCGUGUGGCGGGUCGCAUCUCCAAGACACCGCGCUGAGGACCUGGAGAUGGCGCCUUGUGACGCCGUUCCCAGCGUGUCCGUCUCCAUCCCGCUUCAAAGGGCCGGCGACACGCUCACGGAGGAGGGCGGCGGCGGCAACGAAAGCAGAUGAAGAAUAAAGACCAAGGGGGGAAAGGAUCUGUCCGGGACGGGCUCUGGCGAGAUGCUGAGCGUCAAAUUGACACCACCUACUGCGAAGGUUAAUGUGCGGUUACCCUGACGCAGAAUUUUCCUGGGCCACAUAUUGUACAAAACCAUAUAUGGACUUAAGGAACUGGAAAGAACCACUUAGUCGUUAUGUGGUUUGCCGCUGGUAAAUCUAAAAACUGCAAAGGCAAAUGGCAGAGCAUGACGCAUGGAUUCCUGCAAUGUUACAAGGUGUAAAAUCUGCUGUCACCGGAGUUUGGACCGUUGGGAAACCGGGUCUGUUGGAGAAGUAAAAGCAUGCUCAGAUGGACUUGCUGCGGAAGAACACCGAUCAUCAAAUGGACGACCUGCGGUAUCAGAUCCAGGUGUCCCGGAGGCAGACUUGGCCACUCAAAUCAUCGCGACACAGACUCCAAUCGACUUCGGUGACUUGGCAAAAACUAAAAGACUCGAGACUACACGAGAGACGCGAAGAGCUGUCAUACGCACAUUCAGGUUCGAUAAACUUGCCAAUCAUACAGCUGUCCCACGUGACUGGUCAACUCUAUUUAUGAAGACCAGAUAGAGCAGGUAAGACUGCAAAGGUGACUUGAGGUAACCUGUGCUAAAAUGAUUUGGGGCUAAGCGUUUAAUCCCAAAGUUCGACCUCUUCCUCGGACUUGCUUGAGAUGUCGAUGACGUCCUCGAUUAAUCGACUUUGACUCAACUAUCAGCACGUUAUGCAGGUGUCGUAAUGCUUUUUGAUACGAGUUUGAUUACACACGUCUUGGUGUUUUUGUGAUGCGCCGGAGCCACUUGUUGUUGACAUUGCGAUGAUCGGUCACAGAUGGCGAAGCCGCCGGUCGCAAACAACACUGCGCCCGCGGUUCAACAAGGGUCCCGCUUUGUGUAUCAAAGCUCGGAGCAGAUGGCAAAGAUAGCCGCGGCCAGACGGGAUGUGAAUCCCUCCAUUGUGUCCCCCCCUUUCCACCCGCGAUACAUCACUUCUUCUUCUUCCAGUUCUGCGCCGCAGCAAAACAAAAAAAAAAAAAAAACGGACUUUCUAAUGCCUCAUUGACUGAGUCAAUGCUGUUUCGAUCAUGAGAACAUGACUGUGUGGAGAGGGAGCGCUCUUGUCCGGGAUGUGUCACACACACACACACACACACACACACACACACACACACACACACAGAGGGAAGACAGGAGCGUCGACGAUAUACAGACGAACGGAUGGACGGACAGGCGGAUGAGCUCAAUGAGGAGAAUAAGAGGGACGCUUGUUCUCGGCCCACAAAAGACGUGACCGUAGGCCGGAGGAAAUGCCACUUACCAACCCGACUGAUGUCGACCGAGGCCGAUGAGUAAACGCGCCAGGAAUCUCUGUUGACCGCACGCAACUGCGAACCCUGAUUAAUUUUCCAAUAACUGUUUUUUCAGUAUUCCAAUGAUUGUUUUCCAUGGAAGUCCUUUGUUAAAAUAUACGUCAAUGCAAACAGCCGCAACGUUGAUGACGUUCUACACUUGUUGGAAAAAGUUACGAAAAUUUGCCUUUCAGGUGCAAUUUGGGGUGGCACGGUGGGUCAGCUGGUAAAGCGCUGGCCUCACAGUUCUGAGGUCACGGGUUCAAUACCAGACCCGCCUGUGUGGAGUUUGCAUGCUCUCCCCGUGCCUGAGUGGGUUUCCUCCGGGCACUCCGGUUUCCUCCCACAUCCCAAAACCAUACAACUUUAAUUGGACACUCAAAAUUGCCCCUCGGUGUGAUUGUGGGUGUGGCUGUCGUCUGUCCCCAUGUGCCCUGCGAUUAGCUGGCAACCAGUUCAGGGCUGCCCGUUGACAGCUGGGAUAGGCUCCGGCACUCCCCGGGACCCUUGCGAGGAUAAGCGGCUAAGUAAAUGGAUGGAGGUACAAUUUGAUCAUGAACUUAAAACGCAACAUUUAAUGGCGAACUUAAUUUGACCUGAUGUACACUUUUGAAUGGACAACUAUUUCAUGUUUCAGUUUCAUCCCAGAGUUUCACCUCAAAACCAAACAUCAUAACUUUUUAUGUGUAGUGUACAUUCCAGUGUGGAAUUAGUAUUAAAAUAGUUGCAUCUAUUGAAACUUCCAGGGGAAGUAUAUUUAACGUAAGUGAUUCUACAACAAAAUGCAGUGAACACUUUUCCUCAUCUUACACGUUUUUGUACGAACUCUGAACAUUUUUAACUGUUUUCGCCAGUAUUAUAUGAUCAUAAACUGUUCAUUAUACUCAAAGUGUGAAAUGAUAUUCUGUGUUUGGCCCUGCUCUUUUUGAACACAAUUACAAAUCUACAACCUGUUUAAACGUGUUUCUAUCUCGUUUGCCUUAUUUAGCCACAUUGUAAAACCGAAAUUGAAGUACAAUUAGAAAUAGGCUCGGUAUGACGCAUCGUCGUUGCGCCCCACUUGAAUGCAACGUAUUUAAAUGUUUUUUUUUAUUAUUAUU